UUGAAAUCCAAAAAAUAGCUCUCCCUCCGAAUCAUCCCGACUUGGCAACUUCCUACAACAACAUCGGUUUGGUGUAUAAUAACAUGGGCGAGUACUCGAAAGCACUUUCAUCGUUCGAACGAUCACUUGAAAUUCGAAAAAUAGCUCUCCCUGCAAAUCAUUCUGACUUGGCUGCUUCCUACAACAACAUCGGUAUGGUGUAUGAUAACAUGGGCGAGUACUCGAAAGCACUUUCAUUUCUCCAAAAAGGACUCGCGAUACGACAAAAAUCACUGCCACCAAACCAUCCGGAUAUUGCACAGUCGAAAAGAAACAUUGAAAUCAUCAAAUAUUUGAGCAUUAUAAUCAAAAUCAUAGUACAAAUUUUAAUAAUUGGUUAUCUUAAAUUAAAUAUCAAAAAAUUUCAAUCAUCAUCAAGAAAAAGUCAACGAUCAAUAACAAGAACUAGAAAUAUUGGUACAAAUGAACAACAUCUUUCAAUCAAGAAUGAUAAAGAUUCAUCAAUAAUAUCAAACACAAAUAAAGAUACAGAAGUUAAUUUUGAACGAUUACUUUCAACAACAUUAAUUUCUAUAAAAUCAAUAAAACACUUAAUUAUUUUAAAUCAACGUUCAAUGUACAAAAGAGCAAGCGAACAUGAACUUGAAACGCGUGCUUUAGCAGCAUUAGUACCAGUUGUAUAUGAUUUAUUUCUUGUUGAAACCUUACUUGAACUUGUUCGAUAUAAUAAACUAAAUAAUUUCGAAAAAAUUCUAAAUGAUUUUCGUCAAUCAUUAGCUCAUGAUGAAACUGUAUAUUGUCUUGAUAUAUUUUCAUAUUCAACUAGUUUAAAUGAAUAUUUUAAAUUAUUAUUAUAA